ACGGUGUUUCGACUUUGAUGAAGCAUCUCAAUUUUACAUCCCGGAGCUUUCCAACUCAUAACGGUUAUACGCUAAUCAUACCUCAACGCGGUGGUCUUAAAUCGGCCACGGUGGAUCAAUCCGCGAAAUACUCUAGGACGCUAUCUUGUAUGAGGUAGCAACGGAGGAAAUAGGAAAGCCAAGUAGCUACGCGAUCAUGACACACUUCCCGACCUAAGCUACAUCUUUCCUCCUUUCAUCGAAUAUAAGAAAACAAUUGCCCCCUCCUCGCCUACGGUAACAGAGGGGGGUUAGUCAUCGGCAUCGACCAUACAUAUAGGGUUACUAUGGUCGUCAAGCUAGAUGCACCCCAGACUUCGCUGGACCCAUUUGGAUUACCUUGGUCCUCCUGUCAUGCGCGCCAUCCAGACGAGGGCCCGGGUCGGGGCAACAGCAGCAGAUCGCGCUACUUCAGGAUCAGCGCAUCAGCGCCUGCUUCGCCGCCAAGCGUUUUCCAAGUCCUGAAGUCCGGUAGUGGCGGUAGUACCAGUGGCGCUAGCAACAGCAGCAGCAAUGGCCAUAACCACACAAGCCGCAGAAUCGCUGGCUCUGCCCCUCGUCUUACCAAGAUCCAAAUCGAGCUCCAGCCGUGCCGGCCACGGGGUUCAGCUUUGCUGUCCUCGCCACCACCACUGUCGUCAAUGUCUACCAAUCGGCCAAGACCAAAGAAGGCGAACUCGGCACCUGUGGUUCUGCAAUCUCAGACAGGCGCUGAAAGUAAGGGGACGGAAGAGCGUAGUAACGCGCCGUCCCCGAUCAGAGCUGGCGGCGCGCCUUCGGCUCGUCCCUUAACUGCAAAGAAAUCGAAUGCGCUAGUGCGAUUCGAAGGAGAGAAAAAAACACCAGUCUUUUGCUUUCCUCGUGAGGCGUUUCCCCCUCCAUCAACCCUUGCUAUCCGGCCCCAAAAGCGGGGACGGGCUUUGAAUGACGUCGACGGACCUGGAACUGGUGGACUGUCGUGCAAGAAACGGAGGCUGCGACUACGACUCGUAACAAGUCGAUUGUCGCAGCCAUACUCAUGGCCGGCGACGCACAUCCUAAACCGCGAGAGCGGCGACGAUGAUGCGCCGGUGUUGAGUCGAUUUCUGAAGUUCGCGGCUCUCCGGUCUCUAAAAAAGGCCGGCCACCAGAAUGCGCUCGUCCGUAAGGCGGCCAUUCUUAACCGAGUUCGGAUAGGUGUGCGACAAGCUGCUGUGCUACGAGGCCACACAGUAAUCGCAGGGAUGGCGGCUAGGGGAAACUCGCUAAGCCAUGGGCUGCAGUUGGUGACGACAUCGAAUAGCGCCACGGGAGCGCUGUUUCCUGGUGUUUCGCCUAAUCCGUCUGAUCAUCCGAUGCCACCGGCCUGGCGGGCGCACACGACGACCUUCCACACAUCGCCUCCCAGGUUAAGUCCCCCAUAUCGAAAUGAUCCUAGAAGCAGCAUGGGUGGUUCGGAGAGCGUGGCUCGUAGCCCAACCCCACCACGACGAUCAUCUCCGUCUCCUAGGUCGAGUGGACCGGCAAAGUUCACAUAUCCACCGCCGCCAGUAGAAGAGGACGAUGGAGUCGCAUUCCCUUCAGCGGACCUUGAGACCCGAUAUGCGGAUCUCUCUGACGACGACAUGGACGAUGUAUACGCGGAUUUCGGAGUAUUAUUCGGCCCCGGGGCACAUUCGCCUGAGCAUAAUAGCUCGAGCGGCGAGACUGAUGGGGAGCACUUUUAUGAGGAAUACCUUGAUGAACUGGAUGGGAUACGAUGGAUAGCGUAAGGGACAUGCAAAAAACUAAGUUGUUAUCAUUCAUUGGCGUAUACUUUGUUUAUUCUCAUGACGAUUAGGCGUUCUUGAAGUUGUAUGGGAACGGUAAAAUCACCGGCGCUAAGGUAUUGAGCGAUGCGAAUGAAAUUGUGAUGGAAAACGAGUAUAUCAAAUGUGUCGUCUAUGGGAACA